CAUACUGUUGGCUAGAUACCUAGUUCCAUAUUUGUCAUCAUAUAUACUCAUUUCUUUCUCUCUUAUUUAUCAAAUCUCUUAUAUUAAUGGAGAAUCAUGCAACACUGUUCCUUGGUUCAUCUAUGACUCCAUUCCCUUUUACUCUUUAUACAAACAUAGAAAAUCCGUCAAACCAGGAAAUCCGUUUCCCUAUAGCACAAGUAACAGAAGUUCCACAAAAGAAGAAAUUUAUACAGAUAGAUCAAAAUGAGGUGAAGCAAUCUGGAAAGAAAACUGGUGAGAAGAAAAAUAGAACGCCCAGAUUUGCGUUUCAAACAAGAAGUCAAGUGGAUAUACUUGACGAUGGGUAUUGCUGGAGAAAAUAUGGUCAGAAAGUAGUCAAGAACAAUAAAUCUCCAAGAAGCUAUUAUAGAUGUACUUACGAGGGAUGCAAUGUUAAGAAGCAAGUACAACGACAAUCCAAAGACAAAAGCAUUGUUGUGACAACUUAUGAAGGAAUGCACACACAUCCAGUACAGAAACCUGGUGAUAAUUUCGAACAAAUUCUUAAUCAGAUGCAAGCUUAUCUCCCUAACUAAUUAAUAUUGAAGUCUUGAUCAAGAAUAAGUUCGUUGUUAUAUGAGUUAGAACAUAAACAUUAUAAUAUGUAACGGAUACUAGGCACCGACUACGUAUGCUGGGUUUAUUAUGUUAUUUGCAAUUAGGGUAUGGUGAGAGACAUAUUAUAUAUUGUAACAAUAUUUUUAUAAGGUGGAUAUAAAUUUCUUUAUUUUACAG